AAUUAUUAUAUAUUUUUUAUUCUGCACGCUCAGCACCUAUAGGUAUAACAUGUCCAUAAUUUUGGUGAAUUUAUUUACAAAUCAGACUUUACAGUGAAAGCAUAAGGGCAGGGUUAGUUUCAGUUUCAGAAAUUCAAGAAUUGAAUUUGACUUCUCGGCUAGGACUGAGAAAAUGUAGCUCUACAGUAACGUAGGCUGUAAUUUGGGAGGACUUUAACAAGUUGGGGCCGUGGCCACACAGGAAUAAAGGAAGGACACUUUUGAGCACGAGAGAGGGAGGUGCUGCGGUUGCGAAGUCAUAACCAUAGCGUACAUCAGAAAUGCAAAAUGUAUGGUCAAGGUGAAAAUGGAGCAUCACGAAGAGGGAAACUAGUUGAAAGUUAAGGCAACCGUCAACAUGUCAACAUGAAAAAUAGGCCAUAACCCUCCCAAGCUGAACAGCUGCACAGGAAAGCCCAGACUGACAGUAGUAGAAGAUGGACCAGGCCUUUCCCGGUCUCCAGACCUCAGCCACUGAGCUCCAACUCAGGGUGGACUUCUUCAGAAAGUUGGGCUACUCCCCCAUGGAGGUUCGGGCCGCCCUGCUGAAGCUAGGCCUGAGUACAGACACCAACUCUGUACUGGGGGAGUUGGUCCGUAGCGGAGCCAGCACUGGUACUUCUAACUCCACCAUUCCUGAGAGUGUUGAAGAUACUUCUGGCCCCAAAAGCCACAAAGGCUCCAACAUGGCCUCCUCUAGGACCCAUGGCUCCCCAGGAGACAGACCAGUCUCAUUACUGGAAGACAGGAGGGACACAGACAGUGGAUUGAAACCUAUCGUCAUUGACGGCAGCAAUGUGGCCAUGAGUCAUGGUAACAAGGAAGUGUUCUCCUGUAAGGGAAUUGAGUUGGCAGUGAUCUAUUUCCUGGAUAGAGGUCACUCAACCGUCAUUGUGUUUGUGCCCUCCUGGCGCAAGGAGCAGCCCAGGCCUGAUGUCCCCAUCACAGACCAACACAUUCUAAUGGAGCUAGAGAAGAAGAAGAUAGUUGUCUUCACGCCCUCGAGACGCGUCGGUGGUAAACGGGUGGUCUGCUACGACGACCGUUUUAUUGUGAAGCUGGCCUACGAGUCGGACGGCGUGAUCGUGUCUAAUGACACUUAUAGGGACCUCCAGGGAGAGCGUCCGGAGUGGAAGCGCUGUAUCGAGGAGAGGCUGCUUAUGUACUCUUUCGUCAAUGACAAAUUCAUGCCCCCAGAUGACCCGCUUGGUCGUCAUGGUCCCAGUCUGGAGAACUUCCUGAGGAAGAAGCCUCUACUACCAGAACACAAACGCCAACUCUGUCCUUAUGGUAAAAAGUGCACGUAUGGCGUAAAGUGUAAAUUCUACCACCCUGAGCGCACUCACCAAUCUCACUGCUCAUUGGCUGAUGAGCUCAGGGAGAAGGCAAGGCUCUCCUUAGUAAAAGAGGACCGAAAUCACACGACGUCACACCUGAGGGGCCCCCAGGCCGACCCGAGCCCCUUUCCCUCCUAUUCUCUGGAGAAUGACCUGGAGCACAGGCUGACGUUGGAGCAUCGCGGUUCCCUGAGGGAGGGUCCCAAUAGCCAGGUAACUGAGAACAUGUUUCUGUCCUGGGAUGGGCCACACUCCAGUAAGAACCAGCAGGCCCGCAGCCCCACAGCAGUAGACCAAGGACAAAUGGACUGGCCCAAUAUGCCCAGUAUGUUCUCCCCCUACGCUACUACUGACCUCCCCUAUGCCAGCAUCUCCCAUGAGUGCAUGGACUCUGGUUUUGGCACCUAUGAGAGCCAGUACUCAGAUGUGUCCCAAGGCCACAGCAAGGCCUUCAGUCCCAGGCAGCAGCAGAAACAACAGGGUUCCAGACAUCCAGGCAUGCAUCCAGAUAGGCUGGCCCAGGACAGCCUCCAGCCCUGCAGGUGUUGUUUCCAUUUGGCUCCCUUCACAGGUCCCCAGCAGCAGCACCACAGCAACCCACACCUCGAGUCCCAAUCCCAGCCAAGGUAUGAAACCUACUCGCCUCCUCUGUUCCCACCCAACAUGCACCACUACAGCCUCCCCUGCAACUUCCAGCAAGGCAGGGUGGGGGCACAUAAUUUCCACCCCCAUCAGCACCCCCAGAAGUACUGGUCAGACCCCUUCCAUGGCGGGGUCUCCCAGGCUAGGGCAUCGUGUAGCCUCACCCCGAGCCCCCACCAUCACCCCCAACCCCGCAUGGGGCGCCCCACUCAUGCUGCUCUUACAGGAAUCAGCAGGAACUCAACUCCUGGGCCCAGCCACCUCCACCUUCUGCCUUUGACACAGACAGAGAGGAGCUCCGUAAGAAACUGCAGGCCAUCUUCAACCCCCACCAAGUAGAUACGGUCAUGGGGAUGUUCCCUCACCUGAUGGAUGCCCAGAAGCUGGCUGCAGAGAUCCUCAAUUUCAAAUCUGAUGCGGGGGCCUUCUGAUUCCUCUAAGCAUCUUGUCUACGGGGUUCAUUCAGGGUUGAGAAGCUUGCACAACUCUAACUUCCACAUAAAUCAUUAAUUGAUUUCAAUGGGAUACUUGUGUGAAAAUGUGCCUUGGGUAAUUAUUCUCUUGGUCUUUUCCUUUGUAAUUUACUGUAACUGAUUGAAAGGGCAAUGUUUUAUUGUUGAUGUUGUCCUUCCUUAGCAGUCAUGUGCUUGCAUAGCUUAUGUUAAAUCCAUGACAGGUUGUGUGUGCACAGUUUGGGAGAAGUGUAGAGAAUUGGGAUGAAUCCCCUGUCAUGUUUAACUGGAUUAUUUGAAAUUUAUUGAAAGUUGUAUACAUUUAUAACAGUGUAGUCAAAUCUUGCCUCUAGACUCAAUACUACGGCAAAAGUGAAUCUAGUCUUUGACUGUUGAUGCAUAUUGUAUCAUCAUUUGGGAUAUACCGUAUGUGAUCAGAAAUGAUAAGAAAUAAUUGUCUCAAAUAAUGUCCUUGUCUGAAAUUACACCUUUUACUAUUAUGUUUUUUUAUAUUGUGGUUCUGAUGGCCAUAAUGUAUUUCCUGUCUCAUAGACCAAUAUAUUCCUUAUUCCAUCUCUUUA